GUUCAGUUUAUGGAGCUGCUUCUCCAAACUUAAAGUUUAAUCAAAAUCACAGUAGGAUCUGUAGUAAUGAAAGGAUUCGGAUUAUUGUCGAUCAUUGUUAGCGUCUUUCCCGCGGCGCACAUGGCGAAAGUCUUCGUGUACGGGACGCUAAAGAAAGGCCAGCCCAACCACUUCAUCAUGAAGGAUCAUGCCAAGGGUCAGGCCGAGUUUGUGGCUCACGCUCGCACCGUUGACCCAUACCCGCUCGUGAUCGCAACCGAAUACAACAUCCCCUUCCUCCUAGUCCUGGACAAACCCGGGACGGGUCAGCGCGUUCACGGAGAGAUCUACAGCGUGGACCAGAAGAUGCUGGAGUUCCUGGACGAGUUUGAAGAGUGUCCACAGAUGUACCAGCGCACACUCAUCCGGCUGGAGGUUCAGGACGGGCCCGGUGGAAGCACACCGGAGACUGGAAGUAGCAUCGAGGCUUAUGUGUACACCACAGACACAUAUGAACCCGAGUGGCUCGAAAAAACAACAUAUGAGAGUUAUGAUUCUAACGGUGAUCACGGCCUGCCUUAUGUGCCACAUUAAUUUAAUUUACUUUUUUUAAUUUACCAUUCAGGCAUUUUACAACAAAACUGUGUUGUGCAUUGUUUUUAAAAAAUAAAUUUUUCUGUCCUGUCAUGACAGUGAGAUUAUUUAGCUGUUUUAUUUCCUUCCGUAUGUCCAGUGACAAGUAUACAAUACUGUAUGCUAAUUGGAGGGGGUGGGCGAUGAUGGUUUGAAAAAUGUUCACCUGGCAGAGUCCCUACAUACAAGUCAAAUCACCUUCAUUUCUAUAGCGCUUUAUAAAAUACAGUUUGUUUCAAAGCAGCUUUACAGAGAUAACAGGAAAAUAGUGAGUCAAUUAAACAGGGUUCAUUCUACUGUAAAGUGUCUCUAAAUAGAAAAAUUGAGUCAUUGUUUAGUGUCCGGGAGACUAAUGGACAUAUGGAAACAUGAUGAAUGCAAAUGCCAACUAGUCCUUGAAAAUGAAACUAAAAACACAGAUCGUGACAGCAGGUUUGGUUUCGGUUAAAGUUUAUUUACACUGAUUAUUUGAAGAAAAACUUGAUUUAAGAGUUGAUGUCAAGCUCUGUUUUAUACCCUGUGAAGUAAACAGUCAUGGUUGGUUAUAUUGCUGCUUGUAUAUUGCUUGAUAUCAUGUUUUUGCCUAUGUGUAGGGCUAUACAUAUUUGUUAUGGGUGAAUAAACUCUCUAACAGUG